AUGAAUGCAUCAGGCCAUGCAACGUACAAUAGUCGCCGGCAAUCGCGAUCGUCAAAUAAGUCAUCGAAAUCGUCAUAUUUUUGCAGUGGCAGCAGUCCACCCGAACUUCACGCGCUGCCAAAUACUGACGAGUCGGGUGUGGAAGCCAUUUUUCGGCACUUUAGCCAGGGCAUGGCAUUCUGGGAAUGCCUCAAGACAUGUCGACCUUGUUUGGAAGCCCACUCAUACCGCGUACUCGACAUGGUUGAGAAUGUGAUUGGGUUUCUGAGCAAUAAUGUCACUGCUACGGCGGCCAACUCGGUUGGAGGGGCAGAAAAGCAUAGCCGGAGCCGCAGCGGGACCAGCGGCAGCGGCAUUCGGAGCGCACCACAAACCUUCGUACAGCCUUGUGUGGCCGUUGUGACUCCUACCAGUCCCUCUCUGGCUGCAGCUCUUGAGAAUCUCCCUCCCAUGGUUCUCGGAUGGUUUACUCUUGACGAUCAACAAGGAGCCACCCUGAUACGCUUUAUAUAUCGUCGAAUGUUACGGCAGAUAGCUUCAGUGUUGGAUGAGAUGCAGCAGAUGGAACAUGAUCAGCAUAUCGCAUGGGAAAGAGAGCUGGCAACCUAUCUGAUAACAGUAUUGCAAAUACUUGAGGGCUUUGAAAGAUAG